AAUAGUAGACGAACACGUUCACUCCCUUAGGCUUCUCUUCGAACAACUAUAACCGGUACCUGCCUUUAGGAGUUUCCGCCAUAUUUUCAGAUUUGUGCUUGGUGAAAGCUAUUUGCCAUGACUUCACCACUGAAAGUGUGUAUCGUGGGCUCAGGAAACUGGGGCUCUGCUAUUGCCAGGAUCAUUGGCCACAAUGCACAGAAACUUCAGCGUUUUGCCACCAGUGUCAAGAUGUGGGUUUAUGAGGAGAAUGUAAAUGGAAGGAAGCUUACUGAUAUCAUCAACAACGAUCAUGAGAAUGUCAAAUACCUCCCAGGUUACCAACUUCCAGAAAAUGUGAUUGCAGUGCCUGAGUUACGGGAUGCCGCAGAAGGAGCGGACUUGCUGGUGUUUGUGGUCCCGCACCAGUUUAUCCGAAAGCUGUGUGAUGUGAUGGCCGGCUGUGUUUCCAAAUCGGCUCGUGGAAUUACUUUAAUCAAGGGUAUUGAUGAGGGACCUGAAGGGCUGAAACUCAUCUCUGAUAUUAUACGUGAGAAGAUGGGUAUUGAUGUCAGUGUCCUGAUGGGGGCCAACAUCGCUAACGAGGUGGCGGCUGAGAAGUUCUGCGAAACCACUAUCGGAAGUAAAGUCUUAGCGAACGGACAGCUUUUUAAGGAGCUUCUGCAGACGCCCAACUUCCGCAUCACUGUUGUGGAUGAUGCAGACACCGUGGAGCUGUGCGGAGCCCUCAAAAACAUUGUGGCCGUGGGUGCAGGUUUCUGUGAUGGGCUGCAGUGUGGAGACAACACCAAAGCUGCAGUGAUCAGGCUGGGGCUGAUGGAGAUGAUCGCCUUCGCCAAGCUCUUCAGCAAAGACGGCUCCGUGUCCUCCGCUACCUUUUUGGAAAGCUGUGGAGUUGCCGACCUCAUCACCACCUGCUACGGCGGCCGCAACCGGCGUGUGGCAGAAGCCUAUGUCACGACAGGCAAGACCAUUCAGGAACUUGAGAAAGAAAUGCUGAAUGGCCAAAAGCUUCAAGGGCCAUUAACAUCUGCUGAAGUUAACAACAUUCUCAAGCAGAAGGGCCUGGUGGAAAAGUUCCCCUUGUUCACGGCUGUGUAUAAGAUCUGCUUCGAGGGCAAGCCAGUUCAGGAGAUGAUCUCCUGCCUGCAGUCUCACCCUGAGCACAUGUGAGAAUCUGCAUUUGUGGUGGCCUUCGAAAUCAACACAUCCACCAGCACCUCUGCCUUUUAUUCAAAGAUAUGUCCUGCCUUUAUGAUUCUUUCUCAGUAUACGCACAUUUACAUUUUGAGGUUUUUCCAAGUAGCCUUUAGGUGUUUUUUCUUUUCUUUUUUUUUACUUUAACACGUCUAGACUUUAAUUGUUAGGUUGGGGAUUCUCAGGGUCUAACAGAUCAUAUAGCUGCAAGAUGUUCUUACUAAUCACAUUAAGUACAUGACACAUCGAGAGAUAUCUUUUGGAAUAUGAAGCCAUAAUUGAUAUCUACUCAUGUUAGUGUUCUUUUCGACAUCUCAUUUGUUAUUGACUGCCCCCUUGUGGCGGGCUCGACUACUGCAGAAAUGUAUAGCCAGGGCCAUCUUGUGUAUUUCUCUUUUUAUCUCGCCACUAACAAAAACCGAUGUGUAUCGUGUUUUUAAACUUUAUAAACCAUCGAAUUAAACCAGCGGAAUGAGGUUUUUAUUCAGUAGUCCUGUUGCUGGUCAGAGUCAGUGAGUAUGGCAGAUUUUUUUCUCCAGAAGAUCAUUUGAUGAAUACGCUGCUCACUUGGCGAAGACCUUCUACACAAACAUGCAACCCCAGGGACCAUUUAUUGUUUACCAGAUGCAUUUUUCCUGCUGGGCAAAAAUUAAAUAGAGUUGAUUUUCCUGGAACCACUUAUACCUCUUACCUAAUAAGUUUUUAAGCUUUUUCAAAAACAUUUUUACAAUUGUUUCUAUCACCUUACUAUGUCUACCCUGCAGUGAGAAUAGACUACCAAAAAAAAAAAAAAAAAAAGCACUUCUGUUUAUUUCUUUUUAGUUUGGGUUUAUUAUUGAGAUCAUUUUGUGUCUUUUGUUUCUUUAUAAUUUUUGUUGUACUUAUACUUUGUGGUCUACUUCAUAUAUUUUUAGGAAAUAAGGGAAUUUAGCAGUGCAAAUCCUUGAUAAUCACAAACAAAAUGAACUGCAGUGUGAUAUAAAAUCACUGGUGCACUAAUCAAGCGUUAGAGAGAGAUCUGGUCAUUUGUAGCAUCUAAUUCAAAUGGUUGAUUUUUUUUGGUAUGCAGGUUUUACUAAUUAAUACUAAUUGACCAACUCCACUUUGGACUGAAAUACAGCAUGAAUCAGUUUUAGAAUUCACAUGAGAAGCCCUUCAUUCUGAAUGCUUUCUGUUUUGUCUCUAAGAUAUUCACAGAUGAAUUAUCAUAGUCCCUGUUAGUCUCAUCUCUGAUAUUCAUUUCAGACACACCUUCUCAUUCAAACUUAAGUAAUAUUGCAGUCUGGGUGUAGACACGUGUUUCACUCGUAAUUUUGGUGCUGAUUCUGUAAACAGUCUGAUUUACGCGUCUCCGACCAACAUGCUGAUGUUUUCACUACAAAAAUCCAAUCUUCUGUAAAGUGCCAUUUGUUUUUGAAGGUUGAAAAGUGAACUGAAUUAAUAUUGGCAAAAUAAAAAAUGUGCAUCAUG